AUGAGCCCCCUCAGUGCGGAGGUGUUGUGCUCGUUGGUGGAGACAGCAAUGCACAACCUCCUCUGCGCCCGCAAAGUCUACCCACCCGAGUCUUUCUCUCGCGCUCGCCGCUUCGGGCAGUGGGUUUGGCUCUCCACCUCCAAAGCCCUCACCUCUUACCUCAAAGAGGUUUGCGGCUGUCUAUGCGAGGGGGUAAGGCUUGGAUUUGUUGCUGCUGUUUGUCUGCGGCUGCACAACAAAGAAGGGCUUGCUGCUGAGGUAUACACCUUUAAAUUUGCAGCAGCAACAGCAGCACACGUUAAGCCUGCAGCAGCAGCAGCAGCUGCUGCUGCUGCUGCUGACGAUGCAGCAGAAAGCAUCCAAAACUUCCUCGCUAGAACGGAGCUCAUCAGCUGCUGGCUGCCGCAGCAGCAGCGGCAGCAGCAGCAGCAACAGCAGCAACAGCAGCAGCAGCUGGUUUCCUUCUCUGUCUGUGCACACGUUGUAGAAGAGCUGGCGGGUUUAGCGCGUGAAGCAUCUGCAGCAGCAACAGCAGCAGCAGCAGCAGCAGCAGCAAGUGCUGCUGAGGAGCAGCUAACAGCAGAAGUCCGCAAUGCGUUGAUGCGGUUCGUCUACAGCUGCGGAGUAGAAGGAGACGGUUUGCUGUCUGUCCCCUGUACAGCAGUUAGAGCGGGGGCCUCCCCCCUCUUGACCCUGUCAGUCACUCUCACACAGCAGCAGCAGCAGCAGCAGCAGCAGCAAGAAGAGUCGCAGCAGUGGCACGCACAGCAGCAGCAGUCCCAACUGCCUUUUUCGCAGUGUCCUUCUCAGCAGCAGCAGCUGCAGCAGCAGCAGCAGCUGCAGCAGCAGCACUGGCCUUCUCAGCAGCAGCAGCAGCAGCAGCAGCAAGAGUUGCAGCAGCAGCAGCAGGAGCUGCAGCAGCAACAGCAAGAGCUGCAGCAGCAGCAGCAGGAGCUGCAGCAGCAGCAGGAGCUGCAGCAGCAGCAGGGAUCAGCAGACCUAACUGAAGACGACUUGGCUGACCUUGAUUUUUACAGCAGCAGCAGCAAGAGCAGCAGAAGAACAACCAAUAGCAGCAGCAGCAGCAGCCCGAACAGCAGCACCAACAGCAGCACAGGCAGCAGCAGCAGCAACACCAACAAGAACAGUAGUACCAGCAGCAGCCCAAACAGCAGCACCAACAGCAACGCAAGCAGCAGCAGCAUCAACGCAAGCAGCAGCAGCAGCAGCAGCAGCAGCAGCAGUACCAUCAAUAGCAGCUUGUGCUUCAUCGCAUCGAAGGCUUCGUGA